AUGCAAGGCCUUCACGGAAAUUCACGCUGUUUUGGAUUCAUUGGAUAUCGCACACCAAAAGAAGCAGAAUUCGCAUUACAAUAUUUCAAUAACACGUUUAUUGAUACUUCGCGGAUUAUAGUCGAGUUUGCUAAACCUGUAAAUGAUCCGUCACUUCCAAGACCGUGGAGUGCUCAUAGUAUCGGGUCUUCUGUAUAUCAACAACGUCAUAACAGUAGUAACGACAAUAAUAAUAUUGGUAAUAACAAAGAUAAAAAUUCUAGAGAUAGUGACGAUGCAGAAAAUACAGAUAAUGAUAACAAAAAUCAUAACGAGAAGAAACUCAGAGAAUAUCUUAAAGUCAUGAAACCGCGCUCUAAAUCUAAAACAUGGGCAAAUGAUGACGCUGAUUUAGUGAAUAAUGAUAUACAGGGUGAAAAUGCUAAAAAAGAAAGAAAGAAAAAAAAGAAGGAAAGUGACGAUGAAUUAUACGAGGACUUGAAGAAAAACGGAAAAAUAGCAGAUUCAAAUAAUAACACAUUAAAGCAAGAACAAAAAAAGAAAAAGAAUGGUAGUGAACUUUUUAAUACAAAAAAAUCUGAUAAAGGCACUGAGAAAAGCGAGGAAUUAUCAGUCUCUGAUAUGGAUUCGAAACGAUCCAAUUUAGAAUCUGACGAUGAUAAUGAAUCUGAAGACUCUUCCAAGGAUUUUACUGAAGAUUAUAAAGAAUCACAAACUUUUAAAUCUACAAUCGAUCGGAAUAACAAUGAAUUGAAUAACAAGAAUUUAUUACCUGAAAAUCGACAACCACCAUCACAACCACCUCAUGAAGAAACAAUAGCAGAAACUGGGAGACUUUUUGUUCGUAAUUUACCUUAUAUUUGUACUGAAGAAGAUUUACGAAAAGAAUUUCAUCAAUUUGGUCCAUUAGCAGAAGUUCAUAUGCCAAUAGAUCGAGAGACCAAAAAACCUAUGGGUUUUGCAUAUGUACUCUAUCUUAUACCAGAGCACGCAGUAAAAGCUUUCAUAGAACUAGAUAAUAAAUUCUUUAUGGGUCGAUUACUGCAUAUUUUACCUUCUUGGGAAAAGAAAUCAAAUUCUUUUACGCGUAAAGACCAAAGGGAUGCAAACAAGAAAUUAAGUCUGAAGAAGGAAAAAGAGAAUAAGUUGAAAUCUUUGGCUGCUAAUGAUUUUAAUUGGAAUACUUUGUAUAUGAAUAGUGAUGCCAUUAUGGAUUCAAUAGCAACUCGGCUCAACAUAAAAAAAUCAGAAAUUCUGGAUCCAGAAUCAGAAAAUAUGUCUGCUCGAAUGGCACUUGCAGAAACUCACGUAAUACAAGAGACGAAACUGUUUCUCGAAAAACAAGGAAUAAGAUUAGAUGCAUUCUCCAGUAAAGAAAGAAGUGACACUGUCAUAUUGGUUAAAAAUAUCUCUUUUGAUACUACGAAGGAAGAACUGUCGCAGCUGUUUGGAUGGUAUGGUAAUAUUGUGAAGUUUAUACUGCCUCCUUCAAAAACCAUAGCAAUCAUCGAAUUCUUAAACCCGACUGAAGCAAGGGCCGCAUUUUUUGGUCUUGCUUAUAAAAAAUUCAAAGGCGUUCCACUAUACCUCGAAAAAGCACCGGCAAAUAUCUUUAUUAAAGAUCCAAUUAAUCCACUUUCUUCAGCCGACCUCGUUGAACCAUCAACAACAAAAGAUACUAAAGAUGAAACAAUCAUGGAUUUAGACGAGCCGGAAGUCGCCACUUUGUUCGUCAAAAAUCUCAGUUUUAAUACUACUGAGGAAAAAUUAUGUGCCGUGUUCAAGGAAAAAACAACAGGAGUCAGGUCGACUCGCAUAAAAAUGAAGAAUGACCCCAAGAAUCCUGGUAAAAAAUUGAGUAUGGGAUUUGGAUUUAUCGAGUUUGAUAGCGUGAAAAAUGCAAAGAAUGCGCUUAAACUUAUGCAGAAUCACACGUUAGACGGCCAUGCAUUACAAUUGAAAUUCUCAAACUAUGUAGCAGCUUCCGUUCCGAAGAAACGUAAGGAAAAAGAAGACCCAGGAGGAAAAGAAGUAUCAACUAAAAUUAUCGUAAAAAAUCUCGCAUUUGAAUCAACAAAAAAAGAUCUAAGGGAAUUAUUUAGCGCAUACGGACAAAUCAAAUCUCUCCGAGUUCCAAAAAAAUUUGAUGGCACCUCGCGUGGAUUUGCGUUUAUUGAGUUUCUUACAAAACGCGAUGCACAAAAUGUCAUGGAAAAUCUAAGCGCCACUCAUCUUCUAGGAAGGCAUUUGGUGUUGGAAUAUGCCGCGAUGGCACGAGACGAUGAUGUGGAAGAGUUACGUGCAAAGGUUGGCCGUGAUUUCGAAAUGCGACAAAGGGGAAGUGAUGGGCGAGCGACUAAACGGAAAAAAGUUGAUUUGGAAGAAUGGGCGAAUGUGAAAUCGGAUAGUGAAUAA